GGGCCUUUACCCUCUAGGGUUUUUCUCAAUUCCAGUUUUCUUCCUGCGAGUGCGCCGCUGCUCUCCUCUCCUCUCCUCUCUCUCGCGUCCAGUUCCAAUGGCACCGAAGAAGGACAAAGCUCCCCCGCCGUCAUCUAAACCCGCUAAAUCCGGCGGAGGCAAGCAAAAGAAGAAGAAGUGGAGCAAGGGAAAACAGAAGGAGAAGGUGAACAAUAUGGUUCUGUUCGAUCAGGCAACUUACGACAAGCUUCUGUCUGAAGCUCCCAAGUUCAAAUUGAUCACUCCUUCUAUUCUCUCUGAUCGUUUGAGGAUCAACGGAUCACUCGCUAGGAAAGCGAUCAGAGAGUUGAUGGCUAGGGGAUCGAUAAGGAUGGUCUCUGCUCACUCGAGCCAGCAGAUCUACACCAGGGCAACCCACAACUAGUUUCCUUUUUACAUCCCUUGUCAUGUGUUUUUUUUUAUCUUUUCUUGUUGAAUGUGCUUCUGAAUUCUUGAUUCAAAAGUUUUGGAAUUUGGUUCAAACUGCUUUCAACCAAGACACUGUAGAAUCCAUGAAGGGCUUGAUCCUUUUAGACUGUGAUCGAAACGGUUAUGCUGUUGAACACUUGACGUGGUUUAAUCCUAAUGCUUGUUACACUGAA